UACGCGUGAGCCGCCGGGCCUUAAUUGCCCCCUCACGUGAACUAAUUAACGUGCUGUUUAUUUGGCAGGGGCGCCUGAGCAGGUUUUCUAGUGAGCGCGUGUUCGGUUGCAUCAUGGCCCGAACCGGAUUAUGUGAUUCCAGAACGCUGCUGGACCGCAAGACAGAAGAAGCCCGAGUUCCUUUGCGCGCAUGGGCGAACGCAUGCGCUGUGCGGGAGCGCGGGGUACUCGGUGUACUCGGGGAAGGAGACGAGCAGAAACAGCAGCACAAAGCCGACAAUACAGAGCACCGAUGGGUCCAGCAGUUGCCAGUAUUUGCAGAAGAUGGAAUCAUUAUGGAUUUUGUUCAGCAGAGUGGAUCAGUUGCUCCUGCAGUGGAGCAUUAUGAGGAGGAGGCUGUGCUGAAUCACCUUCAUGGUCUGCAGCUUGCACCCACACUAAGUGAUCUAGUUCCUGUGCUGGUGCGCAGAGAGAUAGAAGUAGCAAUGAGUAAACUCGGGCUGCUGUUUGACCGCUCUUACACAUGGGACAUCUUUUCUGAUAUGAUGAGAAGCCAGCAGCACUUUGCUCUGUCAAACAGCGAACUGCCAAAGCCAUUCACAGAAUCAACACGUGCCAUUCUGGUGGACUGGCUAAUUCAGGUUCAUGACGCAUUUAACUUCUCGGAGGAGACGCUAUAUUUAGCAGUGCACCUGCUGAACCGUGUGCUCCGGCAGAUAAAAAUUUCCAUCUCCAGUUUACAGCUGCUUGGUGUCGUUUGCCUAUUUCUCGCUGCAAAGAAAGAGGAGUGCUUACUGCCGGAGGUAUCUGAGCUGUGCUACCUGAUGGCGAAUACUUACAGUAAGAAGCAGCUGCUGCGGAUGGAACGCAGGGUUUUGUGCGCACUUAAGUUUGACCUGUCUCACACCCCACCUAUUCACUUCCUGCUGCUGUCGGCAUACAUCGCACGCUGUGGCGAAAAGGUGAUUUGCAUGGCACGCUAUCUGUUGGAGCUCUCGCUCCUCGAGGCGAAGUGUGUGUGUUUUUUCCCGGUUCAGCUCGCUGCUGCUGCUCUGCGUCUGGCACGCCAUUUUAUUCAGGAGCCCCACACACCCGAGAGUGAGGCGGCCUGGUGUAUUGCAUCCACUAUAUACCUGGGCAGCGAGGCAACACUCUUCACAAUCAUGCACAUCAUGGCCACUGCUGCAGCGAAGGCUCACAAACAAGAAACUCGGGCGACGUUUGUCAAAUUUUCUACAAAGGAGACUCUAUAUGCGAGUCUUCAUCCUGCACUGAAGAGUGCUCCCUGCCUCCUGAGCCUCCAGACAUGAACUAUGUUAAGUGUGUGACUAAAUAGUUGUAUCAUGUUGUUUUUUUACAUCUUGUCCAAUUUGUCAAAAAAAGUUUACAUGUUUUUGUAUCCAUUUUAAAUAUUUGAAUUAAAAAUGCUUGUUUGAUAAUAUUGACUAUGUAAACCUUCUUAUGGAGGUCCAGUGGAUUGUUUCUAAAUGUUUUAUGUGUAGGAUAAAAAAUGAAAUGCAAAAAAAUAAAUAAAGUAAAUGAGA